AUGGGCGUCUGCAGCUUAGCACGCCAGAUGCGCCGCAAGGACAACUCGGGGCCUCCUCCCAAGGAGCAGACCCUCAAUUUCAAGAUCAGGGGCUUGGAGGAAAGCGAUGCAAACAAGAUUUUGAUGGAGGUCGUAUUCCAGGAGAGGAGCCAAAGGCCACCCAUGACCUUGCUACUUGCCCACUACGAUAAGGAUGAGCAAGUGGCAGCCUGGUCCCUCGCAGUAGCCACUGCCGAGCUCAUUCCGGGCAUUCAUUUCUUCUACUUCAAGGUCAAUGGGGUCUCAGUGGUCUCUACCGAGCACAUGCGGCUUGGCAGAUGGAAUGCGCUGCAUGUCAGCGAUCCAAUUCGUCGCUACUUGUUGGCCCGAGACAGCAAGGGCCAGUUGUCUGAGGAUGCACCGAUUGUCGAGAAAACGCGAUCCAAAAAGAUUGUGGACAUGGCCAUGGAUUCGUGCGUGGGCUCUGGCUCCAACGCCGACGAGGUCGGCUUGCAGGCGGGUGUGUACACCGACAUCUGCUGGCAAUUGUCACACCUUUGCUCAACCAUGUUGGCAAAGGAUGGCCAAAACAUUGCUCGCCCAUACAGCGUGGGUGGAAACCUCUUCGGCCAUGCCGAUUCGGAUGAUGAGGCGGCCGGCCAGGACCAGAACAGCGAAGCGCUGGUUGACCGAAGCAGCUAG